GCACGAGGCACAUGCUGCCUGAGACCGUCCGAGUGAGCCGCGAAGCUGAGCUGAAGCUGUCGCAGUGAGGACCCUGUGCAUCAACAGCACGAGGCCCGGUCAGCCGACAGCCGGCUAUCUGCGGCUGUCAGUGACAGUGACAGCGUGACAGUGAAGUGACAGUGGCGUGAUAACUGCUGGUAAGAAUAUCAAUGGCUGGACGAGCGUGAAAAUAUUUACACUCAGUGACGACCAGCAUAAAUCAGUGAACAGUACGAUCAACAGUGACCAUCAAUGAGCAUUAGCUACAAUCAGUGGGCAAUGGACAUUGCUGAUCAGCAGUGACAGCCGGUGACCACUGGUCAGCGUGACCAGCAGUGACCGUCGGUGAAAAAAUCAGUGAUCGCCAGUGACCGACUCAGUGACCUUCGAGUCACUGAAAGAGUGCGCUCACCACCGCACUGAGCUGGUUCGACCAUGACCAGGCAGUGGUCGCGGCGAGCCGGCUCUGAGUGCGUAUAGCGGCGCCAUGGCAGUGCGCGUGGCGGCAGCGGCAGCCGCACUGUGGCUGGCCGCAGCCGUGGCUCUAUCGAGCGCCGAGUGUUUAGGAGGCGUGUGCGACUGCCGGUGGAAGGGCGGCAAACAAACAGUGGAGUGUAUCGGUAAGGGUCUGCUUACCAUCCCCGCCGCGAUGGAUUCCAGCACACAGGUGCUCGACUUUUCUGGAAACAACAUCCAGAUCUUGGCGCGGCACAAGUUCCAGAGGAUGGGUCUCAUCAACUUACAGCGAAUCUACUUAGCGCGCUGUAAGCUCUCUCAGGUAAACGACCACGCGCUGUUCGGUCUGACGAACCUGGUGGAGCUCGACCUCAGCGAUAACCUGCUGACGGACGUCCCGGGUCGCACCUUCACCGACGUUCCCGCGCUGAUGCGUCUCUCGCUGAGCGGUAACCCGAUCCGGCGCCUGUCGCGCACCAGUCUCACAGGCCUGCGCGAGCUCACCUCUCUGGAGCUGUCGCGCUGUGAGCUGGAGACGGUCGAGGAGGACGCGUUCGCCGCUCUGACCAAGCUGCAGUGGCUGCGGCUGGACGGGAACCGGCUGGCCACCAUGCAGCCGGACGGGCUGUCACUGGGCCUGCACGGGGUGGACCUGCACGCCAACCCAUGGCGGUGUGACUGCCGGCUGCGGCCCCUGCGCCGCUGGCUGGUGCUGUACAAGGUGCCGCCGGCGGUGGUGCCUCGAUGCUCGGAGCCGCCGCGUCUGGCCGGCCGGCCGCUGCGCGACACCGAGCCACCCGAGCUGGCCUGUCUGCCUGAGGUGACCACCGACCAGUGGCUGAUAGAGGUGGCCGAGCAUCAAAACGUGACGCUCAACUGUCGGGUGCACGCCGAGCCGCCGGCCAACGUGAGCUGGAGCUUCAACGACCAGCCGCUGUCCGACUCUGAUGCCGUCUUCUACCGGCCGUACGCAAUCAGUGAGUACAGCGAGCAGGCGGGCACGCUGCGCCACGGACAGCUGCUGGUCCUCAAUGCCACCGACACGGAUGAGGGGGUGUUCCGCUGCACGGCGACCAACGUGGCCGGCGUCAGCUCUGUCAACUACACCCUGCGCGUCCUGCUGCCCCCGGGGAGCAGCAGCUCGGAGUCUGCGCCGCCGCAGAGACCCACCUACCUGGCGGCGGUGGGCGCCUCGCUGGCGCUCCUUCUGGCACUGCUGGCCCUGCUCGUCUGCCUGGUGGCGCUGCGAUGCGCGCGCCGGCGGCGACAGCGGCCACCCGUCGAGGCCGAUGCGAAAACCGGGGUCAUCAACACGGCUGUGGACACGCCGAGCAGCACGUGCUCAGCGCCCAAGGCGGUGGGCGCGGCGGGCGCGGGCGCCGGUCGGCCCCCGCCCGGCGGUCUGGCCGACUGUCGGGAGCACGUCACCUACAUCGGCCAGCGGUGCUGCACCAGUCCGUCGCGCCGUUCGGCCGACAGUAACCCGGACGUGGUGAGCGACACGGAGCCGACUGCGCGCCGCGCCGAUCGCCACUCCGAAGGAGACUUCACCUACGAGCGUCGUCGCUCCUCCAAGCGGCUGGGCGCGCUCUGGCGGCCCGACGAGCCGGCGCCGCUGGUGCAUGUGGACGUGCACCCGGGGCCGGAGCCGCGCCGCAGUGGCACCGUUGGCCGGAGUCGGUCCUACCACCAGCAGCUGGCCGGUGUGCCGCCGGCCGGCUACCGCAGCCUGCCGCGGCACCGGCCGCACGGCCGGCCAGCAGAGCCGCCGGCCGCCGAGCUCCUCCAAAUGCAGUCGGUCUCAAUAUCCAAUCGGCCGCCACCUCCGCCACCUCCGCCUCGAUCAACGCGGCCCGUGGCGGUGGCCGAGGCCGUGCCGCCGCUGCAAGGGGGCCUCCCCAGUCCGCCGGGACUGGACAGUCCCCCUCCUCUGGCACCGCCGGCCGGCUUCACUGAUGACGAGGUUCCAACGUACAGCCAGGUGCGCCGUCCGCCGCGCGGUGACCCCAACACCAGCGGUCUACCGGCGCCACCGCCCGCCGGGCCCGCGGUCAAAUUCGGCGACCACGUGACGGCGGCGCACUCGAGCCUACACGAGAGUCCCGACGAGGGUUACGACGAGUCUGCGGGGGACGUUACCGAGGUAUAGCAGCGGGCGCGGCGCUGGCCCGCCGGUGCCGCUGUGAGAGCCCAGCCGGACGCUGGGCACAGUGCGACGUGACCUGGCGCCCGCGUGACCCGACCUGACCUCUAUCGGGAACACUCAGCCGGAUCGGCCGGGCCGCACCGGGCCGAAUUCAACUUUUUUAGGCUCAGAGGGCUAUUUUGUUACGCGUUGUGCUCAGAGUGAUACGGUGGACCGUGGAGUGGUGAUAUGGGUCGGUACGGGAGGUGCGAUCCCAGCAGAGCUGUGUCAGUGUGUGGGUGAUCGAUUGGGUCGCGGGCGUCAGACCUCUGGAAGUGUGACGGUGAUUGGUGAAGUAGGAAGGUCGCGGUCCGACGGCGCUGCCUAGCAGCGGACGAUGCCGUCGGGCCGACCAGCUGUUGAUGUCAAAGUGUUGGCCAGUUCGUCGAGUUGUUGUCAGACAAAAGUAUUUUAGCGUGUUGAAGUUGGACCGGUGGGUGGUCGCGCGGUGGUCCUGAGCUCAGCUGUGUGUGUGUGUGUCUGUUUGUGUGUGUGUGUGCCGCAGUACCGCGUCCAUUGUCCGCCUGAGCAAACUGCAGGCGGAGCUGGCUGCCGCCCCUCCCCCUUGGGGCGGUCCCACUGGUGCAAUAAGCUUUUUGAAUGAAUACAUGUCCGGGAGCAUGACCGAG